AUGGGCCUAAAAUACAGAGAAUACCUAGAAGGCAGAAGAAUCUAUGGUUGCUCAAAGUGUCGCUCUCACUUAACCACAGGAGAUAGAAUCCUUUCAAAAGGUUUUCGCGGGAAUAAUGGGGAAGCUUACCUAAUCCAUAAUGUUGUAAAUGUCAGCGAAACCGGCGAAGAGCAUGAAAGCAUAAUGACAACUGGAAGGCAUAAAAUCAUUCAUAUUUCCUGUGUUCGAUGCGGAUCCCAACUUGGAUGGAAAUACACUGAAGCUCACGAUGAGGAACAAAAGUACAAGGAAGGCAAAUAUAUUCUGGAAAGGAACCUUAUCCGGAUAGUCAAAUAA